AUUAUAUCCAAGGUUUUGUGCAACAAGUUGAAAGGCCGCGCAUUACAUGUCAUACAACAACUCAACGAACCAAGUUUCGACGAUAUAUUAACAAAACUGAAGGAAGAAUUUGGAGUCAAAUCAACAUUUUUAAGCCUAAGAAACGACGCAAUGAAUGUUAGAGCCUUAAACAUUGAAGAUUUGCACAAUAAGUUAGGAACUGUUUUACAAAAUAUGAAUACCAAAUAUAUUUUAGAAGGUGCAAAUGAUCCUUUGUAUACACCACUUAAUAAUUCCAAAUUAAUUUUUGAUGUUUACUUAUAAUUCCUGCCUUUUAAUGUUAAAACUUUGUUGUUACAAAAUAAUAUAGAUAACUUGGAAACUGCGUUCACUUACUAUUUACAAAAUAAUAUGUUGAACGAUAUUAAUUACACAGCGGUACAACUAAGGUUGAUCCUCACUUUAAAAAUAGUAAGCAUAAUCGUAAUUUCCUCAAUAAUUCCAGUGCGUUCCUUCACAAAAGAAAUAUAAAUGAAAAUGAUGAAAACGGUGUAAAUUUUUAUAGGUAUAACUCAAAAAAUUCAACUAUAAAGUUAGUUACAGAUUACAAAAAUCGUAACAACUAUCACAGAAAUUUUUAAAAUAAAAACUUUUAUGAAAAUAUUAACAGCGACUUUAGUAA